AUGGUUGGUAUGGACACAACCAUCGUGAAGGUUGGUUGGUUCAAGUAUGUUAUGAACCGAAGAUUUACCAAAAGAGUUUGUUUGGAGGAAAAGAUGAGUAGGGGAACUAUAGAAGAUGUGGCAAUUAUAGGAGGAUUGGUUGGAGUCCAAUUUAUCUAUGCAGGGAAUGCUGUGUUCAUGGGUUAUGCAUUAUCAUUAGGCUUCAGCUCUCUCACCAUUAUCAUUUUGACUUCUUUGGCUACAUUCCUUGUUCUGUUCCCCGUUUCAUUUUUCUUUGAAAGGAGCAAGUGGCCGAAGAAUUGUGAUUUCAAGUUGAUUAAACAGCUAUUGUGUCUAUCGUUUGGAGGACUGUUGUUCCAGUAUUUAUUCCUCAAGGGACUCGAUCUAACUUCGCCAGCAAUGGGAACUGCUAUGCCAAACAUUGCCCCAGGUCUUAUCUUCAUCAUUGCAUGGAUUUCUGGGUUAGAGAAAGUGAACUUAAACAAUCGGUAUAGCAAAGUAAAAAUCAUGGGAACAUUGCUUUGUGUCUUGGGAGCUCUCACAAUGAGUAUAAUGCAAAGCAUUUCGACUGGUGCACCCGAGCAAAAGACUCCAUCAGGUUUUGUCUUCAACACACAAAAGAUGAUCGGUUGCUUCUAUCUCGUGGUUGCAGUCGUGAUUUUGUCGAGCAACGUCGUUCUGCAGGCUUUUACUCUUGGAGAUUUUCCGGCACCGAUGUCCUUGGGUGCAAUAACGUCCUUGUUGAGCGCAUUCAUGACUGCAACCGUUCAGGUGCUUGAAAAACACAGGCUGAAAACUGGGCGGCUACUUCUGAGGUCUGGAAAUUUAAUUGGCUAUUUUAUUAUGGCAGGUGCUGUGAGUGGAAUAUGCCUGAGUUUCAACGGGUGGGCACUGAAGAAAAAAGGGCCAGUUUUUGUCUCCAUGUUCAGCCCCAUUGGUACAGUGUGCUCUGUCAUUUUCGCGGUUAUUAAACUUGGAGAAAGUAUGAGUGCUGGAAGUCUUGGAGGCAUGUUUCUCAUGUUCACUGGACUCUACUUGGUUCUCUGGGCCAAAGGGGAAGAAGGACUGCCAAAUGGAGAUAGCUUAGAGAGUGAGUUUGACAUAGAGAGGCCUCUUUUGUGUUAACGUGUUUUUCAAAUGACAACUUGUAAAAUGUACUUGUCUCA